GGGGAUGAGAGUUGGGGAGAGCAGGAGGCGGCGGCUAGCAAGGAGAGAGCGCGGGGUGCAGCCCAACUCCCGGGAGCCACCAUCAUGGUGAAGAGGAAGAGCUCCGAGGGCCAGGAGCAGGGUAGCGGCCGCGGCAUCCCCCUGCCCAUCCAGACCUUCCUGUGGCGCCAAACCAGUGCAUUUUUGAGGCCUAAACUUGGGAAGCAAUAUGAAGCCUCUUGCGUGUCUUUUGAACGAGUAUUGGUAGAAAACAAACUGCACGGCCUCUCUCCAGCACUCUCUGAAGCCAUCCAAAGCAUUUCCAGAUGGGAGCUGGUACAAGCUGCUUUGCCUCACGUCCUCCACUGUACUGCAACUCUGCUCUCAAACAGAAACAAGCUAGGCCACCAAGAUAAAUUAGGUGUUGCUGAAACAAAACUCCUUCACACUCUUCACUGGAUGCUCCUGGAAGCCCCCCAAGACUGCAACAAUGAACGGUUUGGGGGUGCAGAUAGAGGUUCUAGCUGGGGUGGCAGCAGUAGUGCUUUCAUUCAUCAGAUUGAAAACCAGGGUUCUCCCGUGCAGCCUUGCCAAAGCAGCUCCAAUGAUGAAGAAGAAAACAACCGAAGAAAGAUCUUCCAGAACUCCAUGGCUACUGUGGAGCUCUUUGUGUUUCUAUUUGCUCCUCUGGUGCACAGGAUCAAGGAAUCUGAUCUCACAUUUCGGCUAGCCAGUGGGCUUGUAAUAUGGCAACCUAUGUGGGAGCACAGACAGCCUGAGGUCUCUGGCUUCACGGCACUAGUGAAACCCAUCAGGAACAUCAUUACAGCUAAGAGAAGCUCUCCUAUUAACAGUCAAAGUCAGACCUGUGAAUCUCUUAAUCAGGACACAAGAUCCCAGGAGGGACUCCCAGUGGUCGGUGAAACUUUCCAAUCAGAUUCCAUCUCAUCCAAGGCCAAGAUUUCAGGCUGCCACAAAGGGAACUCUUUGGAUGGAAGUCUAUCUUCCCAAACUUCCCAGGAAAGAGGACCAUCACAUUCCAGGACCUCCCUUGUGAUACCUCCAUGCCAAAGGUCUCGUUAUGCCACUUACUUUGACGUUGCUGUUCUGCGCUGUCUACUCCAGCCCCAUUGGUCUGAGGAGGGAACUCAGUGGUCUCUGAUGUACUAUCUACAAAGGCUGCGUCACAUGCUGGAAGAGAAGCCAGAAAAAAACACUGAGCCAGAUAUUCCUUUCCUGCCCAGACCUAGGAGUAGCUCCAUGGUGGCGGCAGCCCCUUCACUAGUGAACACUCACAAGACCCAGGAUCUCACCAUGAAGUGUAAUGAAGAGGAAAAAUCUCUCAGCCCCGAGGCCUUUUCCAAGGUUUCAUUAACCAACCUACGUAGAUCUGCAGUACCAGACCUUUCUUCAGAUCUUGGCAUGAACAUUUUUAAGAAGUUUAAAAGCCGUAAGGAAGACCGAGAGAGGAAAGGCUCCAUUCCUUUCCACCACACAGGAAAGAGGCGGCCUCGCAGAAUGGGGGUACCUUUUCUGCUACAUGAAGACCACCUGGACGUUUCCCCUACCCGCAGCACAUUCUCCUUUGGGAGUUUCUCUGGGCUUGGAGAAGACAGAAGGAGCAUUGAGAAGGGAGGCUGGCAAACCACCAUCUUAGGAAAAUUUACCCGGCGAGGCAGUUCGGAUGCAGCCACUGAAAUGGAGAGUCUCAGUACCAGGCACUCACACUCCCACCAUACCCUGAUGAGUGAACUGCCUGAUCAUUCUAACAGCCAUGGCGAAAACACCAUCAAGGAAGUGCGAUCCCAGAUCUCGACUAUCACAGUUGCAACCUUCAAUACUACACUGGCAUCAUUCAAUGUAGGUUAUGCAGACUUUUUCAGUGAGCAUAUGAGGAAACUCUGCAACCAGGUGCCUAUUCCAGAGAUGCCACAUGAACCGCUGGCAUGUGCAAACCUGCCUCGAAGUCUCACAGACUCCUGCAUAAACUACAGUUACUUGGAGGACACGGAACAUAUUGAUGGAACCAAUAACUUUGUCCACAAGAAUGGAAUGCUUGAUCUAUCUGUGGUUUUGAAAGCUGUGUAUCUUGUCCUGAACCAUGAUAUCAGCUCUCGUAUCUGUGAUGUGGCUCUGAACAUUGUUGAAUGUUUGCUUCAGCUUGGUGUGGUACCCUGUGUAGAAAAGAACAGAAAGAAGAGUGAAAAUAAGGAAAAUGAAACCAUGGAAAAAAGACUAAGUGAGGGGACUUUUCAGUUCAAAGCUAUAUCUGGAAGUUCUCCGUGUGGAUUUGGAGGACCUUCUGUUAGUGGAGCUGGAGAUGGUGGUGGAGAAGGAGGAGGUGGCAACGGAGGAGGUGGAGGAGGUGGAGGAGGAGAUGGCGGUGGAUCAUAUGAAAAGAAUGAUAAGAACCAAGAGAAGGAGGAAAGUACACCUGUGAGCAACCAUAGGCUUGCUUUAACCAUGCUCAUUAAAAUAGUGAAGUCUUUGGGAUGUGCCUAUGGUUGUGGAGAAGGACACCGGGGGCUCUCUGGAGAUCGUCUGAGACACCAGGUAUUCCGAGAGAAUGCCCAGAACUGCCUCACUAAGCUAUACAAGCUAGAUAAGAUGCAAUUCCGACAAACUAUGAGGGACUAUGUGAACAAGGAUUCUCUCAAUAAUGUAGUGGACUUCUUGCAUGCUUUGCUAGGAUUUUGUAUGGAACCAGUCACUGACAACAAGGCUGGGUUUGGAAAUAACUUCACUACUGUGGACAACAAAUCCACAGCCCAGAAUGUGGAAGGCAUUAUUGUCAGCGCCAUGUUUAAAUCUCUCAUCACACGCUGUGCUUCGACCACACAUGAAUUGCACAGUCCUGAGAAUCUGGGACUGUAUUGUGACAUCCGUCAGCUUGUGCAAUUUAUCAAAGAGGCUCAUGGAAAUGUCUUUAGGAGAGUAGCCCUUAGUGCUUUGCUUGACAGUGCUGAGAAGUUGGCACCAGGAAAAAAGAUCGAGGAGAAUGAGCAAGAAUCUAAGCCUGUAUGCAGUAAAAGGUCAGAGGCAGGAAGCAUUGUGGAUAAAGGCCAGAUGUCCUCUGCGCCUGAGGAAUGUCGCAGCUUCAUGUCUGGUCGCCCGUCUCAGACUCCAGAGCAUGAUGAACAGAUGCAAGGAGGCAAUCUGGGGCGAAAAGAUUUCUGGCGCAAAAUGUUCAAAUCCCAGAGUGCAGCAAGUGAUACCAGCAGCCAGUCUGAACAAGACACUUCAGAAUGCACCACUGCUCAUUCAGGGACAACUUCUGACCGGCGUGCCCGCUCACGAUCCCGUAGAAUUUCCCUUCGGAAAAAGCUCAAACUCCCCAUAGGAAACUGGCUGAAACGAUCCUCCCUCUCGGGCCUGGCAGAUGGCGUGGAGGACCUCCUGGACAUCAGCUCUGUGGAUCGCCUGUCCUUUAUCAGGCAAAGUUCCAAGGUCAAAUUCACAAGUAAUGUGAAGCUCUCUGAAGGUGGGCCAGGGAGUGGAAUGGAAAAUGGAAGAGAUGAAGAGGAGAAUUUCUUUAAACGACUUGGUUGCCAUAGUUUUGAUGACCAUCUAUCUUCCAAUCAAGAGGCUGGAAAAAGCAAAAACGUUGUAAAUCUUGGAGCAAUUCGACAAGGCAUGAAGCGCUUUCAAUUUCUGUUAAAUUGCUGUGAGCCAGGUACAAUUCCUGAUGCAUCCAUUCUGGCAGCUGCACUGGAUCUUGAAGCGCCUGUGGUUGCCAGAGCUGCUCUGUUCCUGGAAUGUGCUCGGUUUGUUCAUCGCUGCAAUCGGGGCAACUGGCCAGAAUGGAUGAAAGGGCAUCACGUAAAUAUCACUAAAAAAGGUCUAUCGAGAGGGCGAUCUCCCAUCGUGGGCAACAAGCGGAACCAGAAGCUGCAGUGGAAUGCUGCCAAACUUUUCUACCAAUGGGGAGACGCAAUUGGCAUCAGAUUAAAUGAGUUGUGCCAUGGAGAAAGUGAGAGUCCAGCCAACCUACUAGGUCUUAUUUAUGAUGAAGAGACCAAGAGGAGACUGAGAAAGGAGGAUGAGGAAGAAGACUUUUUAGAUGACAGUACUGUGAAUCCAUCUAAAUGUGGCUGCCCCUUUGCUUUGAAGAUGGCAGCAUGCCAGCUUCUUCUGGAGAUUACCACUUUCCUUCGAGAGACCUUUUCUUGCCUGCCUAGACCUCGUACUGAACCUUUGGUGGAUUUGGAGAGCUGCAGACUUCGUCUGGAUCCUGAGUUGGACCGGCACAGAUAUGAGAGAAAGAUCAGCUUUGCUGGGGUCCUGGAUGAAAAUGAAGAUUCAAAAGAUUCCCUCCACAGUAGUAGCCACACCCUCAAAUCAGAUACAGGAGUUGAUGAUAAGAAAGUUCCCAGCAGGAAGAUCAGAAUAGGAGGUUCCCGCCUGCUCCAGAUUAAAGGAACUCGCAGUUUCCAGGUGAAGAAGGGGGGUUCCUUGUCCAGCAUUCGCCGGGUCGGCAGCUUAAAGAGCAGCAAGCUAUCACGGCAGGACUCAGCGUCUGAGGCUGAGGAGCUGCAGCUGUCCCAGAGCAGGGACACUGUCACUGAUCUAGAAGGGAGUCCUUGGAGUGCAAGUGAGCCAAGCAUUGAGCCAGAGGGAAUGAGUACUGUCGGCACAGAGGAAAAUUACCACAGGAACAUGUCAUGGCUUCAUGUCAUGAUAUUGCUGUGCAAUCAGCAAAGUUUCAUCUGCACACAUGUUGAUUACUGCCAUCCUCACUGCUACCUGCACCACAGUCGUUCUAGUGCCCGGCUGGUGAGAUCCAUCAAGUUGCUUUAUGGAGACACCGUAGACUCUCUCCGGGAAAGCAACACCAUCAGCAAUAUGGCUCUCCGGGGCAAAAAACAGAAAGAGUGCUCAGAUAAAUCAUGCCUGAGGACACCUUCUUUGAAGAAGAGAGUCUCCGAUGCUAACCUGGAAGGGAAAAAAGAUUCCGGAAUGCUGAAAUACAUCAGACUACAGGUGAUGAGCCUGUCGCCUGCACCCCUAUCUCUGUUGAUUAAGGCAGCGCCAAUUCUGACCGAGGAGAUGUAUGGGGACAUACAGCCAGCUGCCUGGGAGCUCCUUCUCAGCAUGGAUGAGCACAUGGCAGGAGCAGCAGCUGCCAUGUUUCUGCUAUGUGCAGUCAAAGUCCCUGAGGCUGUGUCAGACAUGCUGAUGUCUGAGUUUCACCACCCUGAAACUGUGCAGAGGCUGAAUGCUGUCCUGAAGUUCCAUACACUCUGGAGAUUUCGCUAUCAGGUCUGGCCUCGGAUGGAGGAGGGAGCACAGCAGAUUUUUAAGAUUCCACCACCCAGUAUAAACUUUACCCUGCCCUCACCAGUGCUUGGAAUGCCCUCAGUCCCAAUGUUUGACCCCCCAUGGGUCCCUCAGUGCAGCGGGAGUGUCCAGGACCCCAUUAAUGAAGACCAAUCUAAAUCCUUUUCAGCCCGAGCAGUGUCCCGCUCCCACCAAAGGGCAGAACACAUCUUGAAGAACUUACAACAGGAGGAAGAGAAGAAACGUCUUGGUCGAGAAGCCAGCCUUAUUACUGCCAUCCCUAUUACACAGGAAGCUUGCUAUGAACCCACCUGUACUCCCAACUCAGAGCCAGAAGAAGAAGUAGAAGAAGUCACCAAUCUGGCAUCCCGUCGAUUGUCUGUCAGUCCAUCAUGUACCUCCAGUACAUCUCACAGGAACUACUCCUUCCGCAGAGGAUCAGUCUGGUCUGUACGCUCUGCUGUCAGUGCUGAAGAUGAGGAACACACCACGGAACACACUCCCAACCACCAUAUGCCUCAGCCCCCACAGGCAGUCUUCCCAGCAUGCAUCUGUGCUGCUGUACUCCCCAUUGUUCACCUCAUGGAGGAUGGCGAAGUGCGAGAAGAUGGAGUGGCAGUGAGUGCUGUGGCCCAGCAAGUUUUGUGGAAUUGUCUAAUUGAAGAUCCAUCUACAGUUCUUCGACAUUUCCUGGAAAAACUGACCAUCAGCAAUAGACAAGAUGAGUUAAUGUACAUGCUGCGCAAACUUCUCUUGAAUAUUGGAGACUUUCCUGCUCAAACAUCUCACAUUCUUUUCAACUACUUGGUGGGAUUAAUCAUGUAUUUUGUGCGGACACCUUGUGAAUGGGGAAUGGAUGCCAUUUCAGCCACCCUGACAUUCCUCUGGGAAGUGGUGGGUUAUGUGGAGGGCCUGUUCUUCAAGGACUUGAAGCAGACAAUGAAGAAGGAGCAAUGUGAAGUCAAACUCCUGGUGACAGCAUCAAUGCCAGGUACCAAAACCUUAGUAGUUCACGGGCAGAAUGAAUGUGAUAUUCCAACCCAGUUACCAGUUCAUGAAGAUACUCAGUUUGAAGCCCUGUUAAAAGAGUGUCUGGAAUUUUUUAAUAUUCCAGAAUCUCAGACCAGCCAUUACUUUCUCAUGGAUAAACGAUGGAAUCUGAUUCACUACAAUAAGACUUUUGUUCGGGAUAUUUAUCCUUUCCGGAGGUCAGUGUCUCCACAGCUGAACCUUGUACAUAUGCACCCAGAGAAGGGGCAGGAGCUCAUUCAGAAACAGGUGUUCACUCGGAAGCUGGAGGAAGUGGGACGAGUUUUAUUUCUCAUUUCCCUUACUCAGAAGAUCCCCACAGCCCACAAACAGUCCCAUGUCUCCAUGCUCCAAGAAGACCUCCUCCGGCUUCCCUCAUUCCCCCGAAGUGCUAUUGAUGCUGAAUUUUCACUCUUCAGUGAUCCUCAAGCUGGAAAGGAGCUUUUUGGCCUUGAUACUCUUCAGAAAAGCUUGUGGAUCCAGCUCCUUGAGGAGAUGUUCCUGGGGAUGCCAAGCGAGUUUCCCUGGGGAGAUGAAAUCAUGCUCUUCCUCAAUGUUUUUAAUGGGGCAUUGAUUCUCCACCCUGAAGACAGUGCCUUGCUCAGGCAGUAUGCUGCCACCGUCAUCAACAGUGCUGUGCACUUCAAUCACCUCUUCUCUCUCAGCGGCUACCAGUGGAUUCUGCCCACUAUGCUGCAGGUAUAUUCUGACUAUGAAAGCAAUCCACAGUUACGUCAAGCCAUAGAAUUUGCCUGCCAUCAGUUCUACAUUCUACACCGGAAGCCCUUUGUACUCCAGCUCUUUGCUAGUGUGGCCCCACUCCUGGAGUUUCCUGAUGCUGCCAGCAUGGUGCGCAGCAAAGGUGUGUCAGCUCAGUGCCUGUUUGAUUUGCUGCAGUCUCUGGAGGGAGAGACCACUGACAUUCUAGACAUCCUGGAACUGGUCAAAGCUGAGAAGCCUCUUAAGUCAUUAGAUUUCUGCUAUGGAAAUGAAGACCUGACAUUCUCUAUAAGUGAAGCCAUUAAACUCUGUGUUACUGUGGUGGCAUAUGCUCCUGAAUCAUUCAGAAGUCUUCAGAUGCUGAUGGUCUUGGAAGCUUUAGUUCCAUGUUACCUACAAAAACUCAAAAAGCAGACAUCACAAGUAGAGACUGUACCUGCUGCUCGAGAGGAGAUUGCAGCCACAGCAGCUCUUGCAACAUCCCUCCAGGCUCUUUUAUACAGUGUGGAAGUCCUCACCAGGCCCAUGACAGCCCCACAGAUGAGCAGGUGUGACCAAGGUCACAAAGGGACCACCACCGCCAACCACACCAUAUCUUCUGGGGUGAACACCAGGUACCAGGAACAAGGUGCCAAACUGCACUUUAUCAGGGAAAACCUUCACUUACUGGAGGAAGGACAGGGCCUUCCUAGAGAGGAGCUUGAUGAGCGAAUUGCUAGGGAGGAGUUCAGAAGACCCCGAGAGUCCCUACUGAACAUUUGCACUGAAUUCUAUAAGCACUGUGGACCAAGGCUGAAAAUCUUGCAAAACUUGGCUGGGGAGCCUCGAGUCACUGCCCUAGAACUGCUGGAUGUGAAAUCACACAUGAGGUUGGCAGAAAUUGCACACUCCCUUCUAAAGCUUGCACCAUAUGACACCCAGACAAUGGAAAGUCGAGGGCUUCGGCGCUACAUCAUGGAGAUGCUCCCAAUUACUGACUGGACAGCAGAAGCAGUGAGACCAGCCCUGAUCCUCAUUUUAAAGAGACUGGACAGAAUGUUCAACAAAAUUCACAAGAUGCCGACGUUGAGGCGACAGGUUGAGUGGGAGCCUGCCAGCAAUUUGAUUGAAGGGGUUUGUUUGACACUUCAGAGGCAGCCAAUCAUAUCCUUCCUGCCUCACCUUAGGUCACUGAUCAAUGUCUGUGUCAAUCUGGUGAUGGGAGUGGUAGGACCUUCCAGUGUUGCUGAUGGAUUACCCCUUCUUCAUCUCAGCCCUUAUCUCUCACCACCUCUGCCCUUCAGCACAGCUGUUGUCCGGCUUGUAGCAUUGCAGAUACAGGCCUUAAAAGAAGAUUUUCCUUUAAGCCAUGUGAUAUCCCCAUUCACCAAUCAAGAGCGAAGGGAGGGGAUGCUUUUAAAUCUACUCAUCCCAUUUGUGCUCACAGUAGGAUCUGGAAGCAAAGAUAGCCCCUGGCUGGAGCAACCUGAGGUCCAGUUAUUGCUGCAGACAGUAAUUAAUGUGCUUCUGCCACCUCGGAUUAUCAGCACCUCAAGGAGCAAGAAUUUCAUGUUGGAGAGCUCCCCUGCCCAUUGUUCCACCCCUGGAGAUGCAGGAAAAGAUCUGCGCAGGGAAGGGCUAGCAGAGUCCACCAGCCAAGCAGCAUACUUGGCACUGAAGGUGAUUCUCGUCUGCUUUGAGAGGCAACUGGGAAGCCAGUGGUAUUGGCUGAGCCUCCAAGUGAAGGAGAUGGCGCUGAGGAAGGUGGGAGGCCUGGCUCUGUGGGACUUCCUGGACUUCAUCGUGCGGACCCGAAUCCCCAUAUUUGUGCUCUUGCGCCCUUUCAUCCAGUGCAAGCUUCUGGCCCAGCCAGCAGAGAAUCAUGAAGAACUUUCUGCCCGGCAGCACAUUGCAGACCAGCUUGAGCGACGCUUCAUACCUCGCCCUCUUUGUAAGAGCUCCCUCGUUGCUGAAUUCAACAGUGAACUAAAAAUUCUAAAAGAGGCAGUUCACAGUGGAUCAGCCUAUCAAGGAAAGACUUCCAUCAGUACUGUGGGGACUUCCACCUCUGCUUAUCGCCUGAGCCUGGCCACCAUGUCCCGCUCCAAUACAGGCACUGGCACUGUCUGGGAGCAAGACAGUGAACCUUCACAACAAGCUUCACAAGAUACCCUGAGCAGGACAGAUGAAGAAGAUGAGGAGAAUGAUUCUGUGAGCAUGCCCAGUGUGGUAAGUGAACAAGAAGCUUACCUCCUGAGUACCAUUGGAGGAAGGAGGCGGUUUUCCAGCCAUGUCUCCAGCAUGUCUGCACCUCAGGCUGAGGUGGGCCUAUUACCCAGCCAAAGUGAACCUAAUGUCCUCGAUGACUCCCAGGGCCUGGCCGCCGAGGGCAGCCUCUCUAGGGUGGCAAGUGUACAGAGUGAACCUGGUCAACAGAAUCUCCUCAUUCAGCAACCUCUGGGAAGGAAGAGGGGCUUGAGACAACUAAGACGUCCUCUCCUGUCACGUCAGAAGACUCAAACUGAACCCAAAAAUCGGCAUGGGGCUCGACUGUCAACUACUCGCAGGAGCAUUCAACCUAAAACGAAGCCGGCUGCAGAUCAGAAACGGUCUGUGACCUUCAUUGAGACUCAGCCAGACCCAGCAGCUGCUCCAACAGACACUCUCCCUGCCACAGUCCAACCACAGGGCUACAGUCCAGCUCCAUCAAGGAAACCAGAAGGAAUGGACAAACCAGUUCUCACUUCUUCACCUGCGAUUAUUGUUGCUGAUCUACACAGCCUAUCUCCCAAUCAGAGUGAGGCCAUCCCCACUGAAGAAGAGAAGAAGGAUGUCACAGAAUUACCCGGGGCUACAACACACAGUUUACUAUCUUCUCAACUUUCAGCCCCUGAUGACUUCACUGGCCUUGAGACAUCUGUCCUCCUACAGCAUGGAGACACGGUCUUACACAUCAGUGAGGAGAAUGGCAUGGAAAACCCCCUGCUUGCUACCCAGUUCACAUUUACUCCAGCUGAGCUUGGGGAUGUUGAUAUAGACCUAGAUGAGUCUCAUGUUUAAUUCCUGUAUUUUGUAAGAUUGCAAGUGCCAACAAGAUGCAUAAGGGAUGAUCUUGCAAAAGUUGAAUAAUUUUCCUUGAGAAAAAAGUGAAAAUAGCACUUUACAUCUAUUGAGUGGCACAAAAUCUCAUAGAUUUUGCUGCUUCUGCACAUAUUGUUUCAUAAACAUCAAAAAAAUUAAUGGCUAAAUAUGAUUUGGUUAUUGAAGACUAUAAAAACCAGGGUUAAAAAAGGGAAAAGCCAUUUCAUUGCACAUUGUUUAUGAUUCAAGAAGCCUUGAAUAAUUAAAAAUGUUACUUAUCUAUUACAGAGUUACUUAGGAUUAUUAGAAAUAAUAUGCUCUAAUAAUACAAUGUUUGAAGGUUGUUCACAUAUACAUCUCAUAAAAAUGUGUAUUUUUAUAGUUCCAAAAUAUUAAUCAGGUGGUUGUCCAAGUAGCCAGUAUGCAAAAAAAAUCAAUGAGAAAAAUAUUAGUUUAGGGAAAUUAAAUAAUAAGCCUUUAGCCAUUUUUGUUUUGAUACAGCAUUUACAAGGAGGAAAAGUACUAUUUUUAGGGCUAAUAUUUCAUUAUUUAUUUUUGAGAUGACAUUUUCAUUGCAUUUUCUAACCAAAAUGCUAUAGCAUAAGGUCCUUUAAUUUUAUAACCAGUCACAAUAAAAUUAUGUUAUCCUAGAAAUUAUCAGAUAUAAUUAUGAAUUAAGAAGGACUUAACAACCUAGUCCCUGAUAAAAACUAAAUGUAAAUAUAAUAAGUGGGAAAAGAUGUUAUUUCUACAUGUAGAAUGACAACAUCAAUGCCAAAAUUAGGAAAUAUUGGGAUAUGUGAUUACUUUUCUUACAGCAUACAGUGCCUGCCCUUGGGGCAUAUUUUCAGAUAUUAAGGUUAUUGUUAGGAUUGGUUCAGAACAGUAACUUUUUCCUCGAUAUCAAUGAUGUUCUUAUGAUUCUUUAGACAUAUAAGUUUAUGAGGAAGAAAAUAUAAAGUGAGCAAUGUCUUCAUAGAUGCAGUCUAUGAAGUAUACACUCUACUUUGAAAGUUCAGCUAUUUCAAGGAAAUUAUAAAGUUUGGAAGCCUCGUAAGGCCAUAUCUAAUGCAUUAUUGAUCCCAUAGUAGAGAUCAGUAUCAUAGAGGCUAAGAAUGAGCCAAAAUUAUAUGCUAGAAAACUGUUACAUAAUAACGAAGCAUAUAACAAUUCACACAGAUUAUUAUGUGACGUGUGGGCUCACAUUCACAUGCGUGCUCUUGCGUGAAUGUAUGUGUUUUCUAGUCCUCCGAUUGAAGUUAAAUGUAGACUUUGGUUAUAUGGCCAUGAAUUUAAAACACAUUCUAUAUGUUUAAAUGUUCACUACAUCAGCUAUGGAAUGUAUAUAUCUAUAUAGAAGAGACCCAUUAAGCUCACCCAAAUCAUAAAGGAAGCCUACUUUUUCUGUUAAAAUUGCUUAUUAGGUAGCAUUGUUCACAUUGUGAUUAAUAUUUUCAAGUAUAAUUUGGGGUUUUGAUCCCUUUCACUAAGAGAAUGAGCUAAAGAUAAAAGGUAAAGUUAAAAAUUUUCUUAUCUAAACUUCAGAAAAUAGACGUAUUAUUUCUUUUGUGUUUUAUAAUUUCAGAACAUUUAUACUUAAUGUUGGAUUAAUUAUUAAGUGCAGAAAUAUACUUAUAUGUGGUUCUAUCAUAUUUCCUAAGCUGAUAUAUUUCUCCUGUUAAAAUUAUGCUGCUCAAAUUAGUGUUAGAGGCCUUAUGUUUAGUAAUUACAAGUGUCUGGGCUAUAUGAGUCUCUAUGUAUGUGCUUAUUUUGUUCCAGUUAUUUUUCUCCUUUAUUCAAAUUAUCUUUGUAUAAUUGUAUCAAAUAUUUAAAAAGUAAAGGAGUCAAAGUAGAUUGUUAAAUACCUGGCAAGAAUCCUAAAUAUCUUUAUAUAUAUUUUUUAAAGUUUUGGAAUGUUUUGAACCUGAUGUUGGCCUGUCUGCCUUUUAGCCUGACUCCUUCACUCUAGUGUUAUGGAAGUCUAUAGAAAACUUUUUCAAUAAGCUAUGUAAUAUUGUAUCAUGCAAAAAAGUCUCCACUCUGAGAGCCUUAUAGAGUGAGAAUGUUUUCGUACUGGGACUACUGAGAUUUUGCAGGUGAGUGCAUCUGUUCCAAUUACAGUGCCCUUAAAUGUGUUGAAUGUAAUGUAUUGAAUGUUUGUGUCAUUGAUAAAAUAUAUGUAUGUGCAUAAGACUUUCACAAGUAUGUACUCUCAGGAAUACUAGUACCUGGAGUGAGAAGGAAUAACUAUUAACGAACAACUGGUUGGGAAAGAUCAUAAAGAAGUUCAGAGUAAAAUUAACUAUUUUGUAAUGUUCAAAAUAUUAUUGAGUAUGUGACAAAUUGCAUAUGACAAAUGCAGUAUUGCUAAUACUAAUUAAGCAUUAGUGAUAUUUAUUCUGAGAAAAGUUAGAACAGGCCUACUUCCCAUGAAUAAAAAUAGUAUUCAAUUAAGAGGUUGCUUUUUCUGAAAUUAAAUUUUGAGAGACCUUGAAAUAAAUAUGUAUCAUUCAUGAUAGUGGGUAUAGAUUUAUACUACACAGGUUCAGUUAAAGUGUUUCAAAUCUUGUAUAGCUAUAUAACAGAACAUCUUCAUUUGUAGUAUUUGUUUCUAUCUAUAAUUAUAUUAGAUACAUUACUUGGUUUUUCAAGAAAAUUAAACUUCAUUGAGUACAUUAUGAUAAGGCACUGAGAAAUAUAAUGACAAAAGCCUAAGAAGGCAUGACAAUGCAGAGGGAAAUAUCUUGAUAGGCAUUAAUACAGUCUCUUGUAUAUAUAGUCUGGGAGUAGUAGGUUUGUGUCAUGUCAAGUCUCUAAGAGUACCAGAGGCAAAAUAACAUCUACUUCCUUAGUAUCUGUUCCUUUAGUCAGUGAAGCACUUUUUCCAAUUUGAUGUCCAUCAUCCAGAGUAUCUAAGAUGAGAAUACAGUGGGGUCAUAACAUAAAUUACAUUCUAAAGAGCAAAUUCAAUACCUUUCCUCAACUUGUACAGUAUAAGUCUGUGGCAUUUGCUGCUAUCACACCAAGUCAUGCUAUAAGUUAUGUUGUUGCCCUGUGACCUCACAGUUUCAAUUUCAUGGCCUUGUCUUCACAGUAGAAAGUCCCACUUCCUCAUUUAUUUAGUGGUUCUUACUGCAGCAUUUAAGAAACAAAGCUUGAUCUUACACUCAGGAGAGUAAGAAAAAUAUUAAGGGCAGAAUGUAUUUGGAAAAACUGAACAAAUUUACUUAUAUUAUUUUAGUAUAAUUUAAGAUGACAAAUCAAUGUACCUCCAUAGUAUUUUUUCAAUAGUCACUGUGACUGCAGGAUGAAAAUCCAUUAUUAGCCAUUUUUUAGGUAAUAUCAAAAGAUUGAUGACACAGCCAACUUCCCUCAGAUGACUAUGAAGUCUGUUAUGAAUACUGAAUGACCAAAGAGCAUGGAUUAAAAUGUGUAUCAACAAAUAUGAAACAUUUAUGAAAUAUUUAUGAACGAUAUUAAGAUGUCUGUGUUUAAAUAUGCACAUAUAAUAAAAUAAUCUAAAAACA